GUCUCCUUCCCCAGGCGCCUUCUGACGAUGCUGCUGCUGCUCCUGUUUCCCAUGGUCUUUCCCCUGCCCCCCGGGGCUCAGGCUGGGGAGAUCAUUGGAGGACAGGAAGCCCAGCCUCACUCCAGACCCUACAUGGCCUUUGUAAGAAUACAGAGAGAAGGAAAGGGAGGAAACAUGUGUGGAGGGUUCCUGAUCCGGGAGGACGUGAUAGUGACAGCAGCUCAUUGUAACUGCAACCUUGGCAACAUCUCCGUGCUGCUGGGGGCCCACAACUUUGAAAUAGAUGAACUGGGGACGCAGAAAAUCUGGGUACAUCGCCGAAUCCCCCACCCAGAAUUCAAUGACGAGACGUUUGAAAAUGACCUCAUGCUGCUGCAGCUGAUGGACAAGGCCAAGCUGACCCAGACUGUGGGCACAAUCCCCCUGUCCCAGAAGAAGGUGAAGAAGGGGGCAGUGUGCAGCGUGGCUGGCUGGGGCCAGACCAGUAGCAAGACAAACUCCCAGCCCUCCCCGACCCUGCAGGAGGUGGAACUGAUGGUCAUGGACAAGAAAAUGUGUCUGUCUCAGCCCUAUCUGCACUAUGUCCCAUCCAGGAUGCUGUGCGUGGGGGACCCCCAGGAGAGGAAGUCGCCAUUCCUGGGUGACUCUGGGGGCCCACUGGUCUGUGAUGGGAAGGCCCGGGGCAUAGUCUCCCAUGGCAGCGGUGACUGGUCAACUCCCAGUGUGUUUACCAGGCUCUCCAUAUACGUCCCGUGGAUCAAGAAAACUCUGUGCAAGCUGAAGCCUUAGAGGGGAGCAUCCAUCUCUAGUGUGAGUGGAGAGCUAGACGGGUAUUGCAGAGCAAUGGCUGGCUAUUGCAGAUGGGUGGAUGGAUGUGUAGCCAGUGAUUUUAGUUGAUUGAUCGUUUAUUGUUUGAUGUUAUGAUUCAACAACAUGUUAUGAAUUAAAUUGUAGGAUUACAGAAAUAUAAGAUUGAUCAGUAGUUAGAAGGGAUAAUUAGGUAUUAGGGGUCUCAGUAAGGAGGGCUCAAACACAAGGCCUACAGGCUGAGGCCUGUAAGAUAGUAGCUUAGCCACACUAGGCCAUAGGCUUAAGAAAUGGUUGACAUAAGUGACCAAAGAAUGACCCUAUGCCACAAGAUUACGGGGAAAGAUGUACCCAUAUGUGGCGCUGCGAAAAAUGAAUAAUAAGAGUAAUUUUUUGCUUACAAGAUCCCCAGCAGUGACAUUUUUCUAACACGUGCCCUAACUGUAGGGUGCACAACGUGCAUAAAAGCUAAUGAGGCAUAGUUGGAAUCACAUUAUAAAAAAAGGAUGCCCAGAUGAGGAAAAUUGAGCUUCCUAUUGGAAACACCAGCAGGAACCACCCCUCUAGUGAAGAUCAUUUGGCCAGGCAUCCAUCAGACCUUUAGAAUAUCAUGAAAGGAUGUGAGUAGAAGUAUAUUUGUAACUUGUUCACCGGUCUUUAUAGAAUUUCUAUAUGUUUGGGUAAUCAUAACUUUAACUGUAACUUCAAUAAAACUUGUA